AUGGUCGAGUGGGAUAUCUCCCGACACAGCGAUAUCAUGUUCGACUCUGUUUACGCCUACUUUCCGAUCACAUUUCGUCCUCCGCCCAAUGACCCCUACGGUGUUACGGCACAAGAUCUAAAAGAUCGCCUCCGCGACUGUCUGGCUUCGACCGGCGUAUUGGCACCACAUACCAUGCCAAACCUCCUCGACCGACUGGACUCCACAUCUCCUACCGUCAAGAAAGACGUUCUUCAAGCGUUAGCCGCUUGUGCCAAUAACUACGACACCACUACCAUGACACAAUAUUCCAUCACUCUCUGGGAUGCCGUCAAAUUCGAGAUACUACAAUCACAAGAGGCCGAGCUUGCCGAUGAAGCCUUGGAUGUUAUCAAGAGCAUCGCUGCGUGUCUGUCGCGGAGCCAAAAUACUUCUCCAACAUCAUCCCCCCUGAGUCAAUAUCUAAAGCCCGUAAUCAAAGAGUGUCUGGAGCAUCUUCAGCAACCGGCCUCGAGGCAGGCCAAAGCUUCUGGCCAAAUCCUACAGGCUGUAGCAUCCGCAUCCAUCAAAUCAUUCGAGUACAUUAUGAAAGGAGUUGGUCCCUCGCUUCUUACACUACAUCAGUCGUCCGAUGCAAUUCUACAGCAACGAGCCGUUCUGGAAGUCACAAAUCAGCUUUGUGAAGCCGCUCUUGAAGUCUACGGCUCUUGGACAACAAUGAGCAAAAUGAAUAACGAAGGACGAGAGAACAUUCUCAAUGAGUUCAAAGACAAGCUCGUUGCAAUUUAUAGCCAAGCCUUGAUGGGGACAGUCAAGGAGGAAGUAUCCUUUCGCCUGACCGCAGCUAAGGGCUUGCUCUUGGUCUCCAAGAUGAGGUCGUUGCUACACGACAACGAAAUUGGCCUCAUCGUUCAGUACUAUGAUGACAUCGUUCUGAAAGAGGAGUCAUACGGCAAAGACGAGCUCAAGCAGACUGCCAUGCACGCUCUUGCCGAGAUCUCAGCCUUCAAACCCGGGUUGAUCGCAGACAUCACGUUCCCUGCCUUCAUGGCCCAAUUGCCAGACACCGAAGAAGAAGCAGGAUCUUCCAAGUACCAGCCCGUUCUAGAAGCUCUGUCUGAGAUCAGCAUCGAGAAGGAUCUGCUCGAAACUAUGAUGAGACGCCUACUAAACAAGCUCGACAUACUUUUCCGGUCCGAGGGUAGUGGACGUUUCCCCUACACUUCCGCAAUAAUUGGUACUAUACGCUACGUGCUCAACAGAAACGUGCAGAAACAGCAAAUAUCGCUUCAAGGAUACUUCGAUCGAGUGGUCAUCGGUCUGUCAAAAACAGCAACGGAAAAGAAAGCCGGACCUUUAGCCGACGAAGUAGUACUUGACACACUGGGUCGAGUCAUCAACAUCGUCAUACGAAAUUCGCCCCCGGAAAGGAUACAGCAGGCGGCAGACAAUGUCUAUACGCUAUUCCGGGAUUUUGCCUUCAACAAUCAGGAAGUGCGACUGGGAGUUCUCUUCAACAACUCGGCAUCGAUCGUUCUAUCAACUUGGGUGCUGGCAGCCUUGCCUCGCUCUGUACAAGCCAGCAUCCUCCAGAGAGACCGCAUUGGCAUGAGUAUCGAUGAUCUUGUUCUGUUCGCGGAGAAAUGUGGUUCUCAGGUUCUUGAAUUAGACUCCCUGCGCCAGAUUGCGCUCUAUAUCAACAAACACCUUUCCAAUCCAGAUUUGGAUUUGGCAAAUUCAAUCCUUGAGAAGGGAUUGGCAAGUCUGCAGCAGACCCAGGAUCUGUUCACUCUGCGGCUAUGCUUUUUCAUCUGCAAGGCGCUUGUCCUUCGGCUAGCUCCGAAAACGAACCAAUAUCUCGAGAGCUUGAUCGAUCUCCUCAGUUCACCAUCUCCUGAGGUGGCUCGUCAGUCCGCGCUCCUUUUCCGCGCCAUUCUUUCGGCGGAUGAUGUCUUGUCAAAAGACAAUAACGCUCAAAUACGGCUUCUUGCACCACAACGCGUGUUCCAAGGCCUUGUACCCCUCAUAUCCACCAGGUUCCGCUCGUCCCAGUCAUCAAGUGAGAAAGAGAACUAUCUUGUCGCUCUUAGCGGAAUCCUAUCCACCGUCCCCUCCGAAAUCGUCAUGCCAGAGCUACCCACACUUCUGCCACUCUUACUCCAAUCACUGGACAUUUCUGAUCAGACAGUUAAUAUCGCCACUCUCGAGACUCUGGCUAUUGUGAUCACCCACAGCCCUGCGGCGAUUGAGGAGUCCGGGCACGUUCCUGCUCUAAUCAAACGUUUAUUGGCUUCGGCUACUCUGACCAAGAAUCACUCAAGCAAGAGCACACCCGUAGUAGCACAGCAGUCUCUGCCUCGGACGAGAAGGCUGGCCACUCGGUGUCUUUCCCUGAUGCCAAAACACAUGACUGGUGGAAGUUCGAGGGCAAAUCCGCUACUAGCGCUCAAGCGAGACGUGUUGCAGGGAUUGAUGGUCGUGCUGGAUGAUCCGAAGAGAGAUGUGAGGAAAGAGGCCGUGGACGCACGCGCCAACUGGUUGAGAGGAGUGGAUGAUGCCGAGGAUGAAGAUGAUGAUUAG